AUGCUUAAGGAAUUGGAUUUCACCGUGAUUGGCCGAGAGGGCUUGUCCAGGUAUAUCAACCAAGACACCCUUGUCUAUGCUGUGAACAUGGAUGACCGAGAGCUCCAGAUGCAUGUCGACUUCAGCUGGAACCGGGACGUCGUGCCACCCGCGGCCGUAAUUACGCAGAUAAUGAACGGAGCAUUGGAUGCUGACCUUUCAGAGAAAUAUUGGUUGACUCCGCUAUUGGAGCUGUCGUUGGAGCCUCCCCCCUCCGUGGCCGCACCAAAGGGGCGGCCCAAGCGGAAGGGAAGCGCCUAUAGCCCAUCCUUACCCACCAUCUAUGAAGACAUGGUGGACCAAAGGGAGUCUUAUUCUCGGCAGGUCCUGCAAGGGUAUUCUGAGCAGGCGGAUGCCAAAAAUAAAGCUAUGAAUACAUACCUUUCCGACCCGAUGGUAAUCAUGUUGUGUCGAAAGGAUCGCCCGAGGCCGCCCCCAUGA